GCUUCCGUUCUUCUUCCACCAUGGCGAUAGUUUCCUUUCCGGUUAACGCGAUUGAAGUAGACUGCGACAAUGAAGGCUAAGGGAGAAUUGAAGGAAUUCGAGGUGAUCGGGCGUAAACUGCCCACGGAAAAGGAGAAGAAUACGCCGCUAUACAAAAUGCGAAUCUUCGCUCCGGACGCGAUUGUCGCCAAGUCAAGAUUUUGGUACUUCUUGCGCCAGCUGAAGAAGUUCAAGAAGAGUACGGGAGAAAUUGUAUCCCUGAAGCAGAUUCCGGAGAAAACUCCAACCAAGAUCAAGAACUUCGGCAUCUGGUUGAGAUACGACUCGCGAUCGGGCACCCACAACAUGUACCGGGAGUACAGAGAUCUUUCCGUCAGCGGUGCUGUAACGCAGUGCUACCGAGACAUGGGAGCUCGUCAUCGCGCGCGUGCUCACUCAAUUCAGAUAAUCAAGGUGGAAGUUGUGAAAGCCAUGAAUUGUCGCAGACCGCAGGUUAAACAGUUCCACGACUCCAAGAUCAAGUUCCCGCUGCCCAAGCGCAUCCAUCACAGAAACAGAAUGCCGUUGUUCAGCGUUCGCAAACCGCGCACCUAUUUCCUUUAAAUACUUUGCAGUAUUUUGUACUGUGUAUAUAAAAACUAAAUAAAUGUGUCGCUAUAUAUAUAUA